CGUGUCAUGGCCGCGAUCAGGCUGUACACACAGAAGAAAUUUCGUGGCCCGGGCCCCGAGAAAUCCACAAAUGAGGACUCGUCAGAGAGUGAGACCGAGCUUGAACCCGCCAAGUCCUUCGUUAGGAAGCUCUCCACUAAUAAGGAUAUCAAAUCAUCGGUUUCGACCCGGGAAGGAUGGCUGGUGAAGACGACCUCAUUCCAGCGCUGGCACCGACGCUACUUCCGCCUCAAGGGUCACAAGCUGUAUUAUGCGAAGGAUCCCAAUGCCGAGUUGUACGACGAGGUGGAGUUGUGCGGCGUGACCGUGGCGGAAACCAGCACAAACAACAUCAAUCACGAAUUUCAGGUGAUCACCCCAUUCCGGUGCCUUUCCCUGGGAGCGGAAAACAGGAAAGAGAUGGAGGAGUGGAUCGCCUCUCUCAGGGCGGCCGGGUCCAGGAUCUUCUUUGAGGCGAACGACCCGCACAGCCUAGAGUUCCUGUCAGGACAGCACCAUUGGUACGCGACGUCCCACGCCCGCCCGACCUACUGCAACAUCUGCCGCGACGCCCUCAGCGGGGUCACCUCCCACGGGCUGUCCUGCGAGGUGUGCAAGUUCAAGGUCCACAAGCGGUGCGCCUCCAAGGCGAUCAACAACUGCAAGUGGACGACCCUCGCCUCCGUCGGGAAGGACAUCAUCGAGGAUGACGAUGGGAAUCUGCAAAUGCCGCACCAGUGGAUGGAGGGGAACCUUCCAGUGUCAGCCAAAUGCAUUGUCUGUGAUAAGACCUGCGGGUCUGUCCUCAGGUUGCAGGACUGGAGGUGCCUGUGGUGCAAAGCGAUGGUGCACACGGCAUGUCGGCCCAACUGCUUCCGGAUCUGCUCCCUCGGGCCCUCGCGCAUCUCGGUCGUGCCCCCCACCGCCCUUCAUAGCAUCGGAAUGGACGAGACCUGGGAGGUGUCGCGCCCCCUCGGCAGCUCCCCGCUGCUGGUCUUCGUCAACUCCAAGUCGGGCGACAACCAGGGGGCCAAGUUCCUCCGCCGCUUCAAGCAGCUCCUCAACCCGGCGCAGGUCUUCGAUCUCACUUCCUCCGGGCCAGCCCUCGGGUAA